AUAAUAUGUAUGUAAAUUGCGCUAUAAAAAAGCCGAAGUCACGUUUGGGUAUUGUGUAACAGAACUUUUGAUUUCUAAAACUUAGUAAUUAAUAGAUUUUAAAUUAAAGCUCUGAUUAUAUGAAAGUACCUGAACUGACUCGUUUAGUUUGACAUAUUGGAGAAAUGGUUUAAAACGACCACUGGUCUAAAAAUUGAGAUCAAAAUUUCUCCAGGCAACUAAACUUUAGUAUUUGUCGUGCGUUACUUCAUAUUCACCACAGUUCUUGAUGGUCUCUGGCUAAAGAUUUCUGAUAUAGUUUCGGAAUGUGUUAAAUUUUUGUGCGAUACCGGGCGUGCUCUACUUGUGAUUUGAAAAUGAAAUUUCAUUGUUAUGAACGAGUUGUGAUCUUUAUUGUUUCGAUUGUGUUCACUGGAGCUACCGACAAUGAGAUUAAAGAUAGCGACGUUAAGAAAUACGUGUAUCCACCACCGAAAAUGAGAUUUUUUGACGAAAUUGGAUUGAUUCCGCAGUCCUGCAGAUACAAAGGCCUCAAAUACGAGUGCGGCCUUAGCUUCAGUUGCGUGUUGGGCGGCGGACGCCCUUUAGAUUUAUGUUCCGGCGGCAUGAUAUGGUCAUGUUGCAUUGACAAAGACGAAACCAACAGCAACGAGUAUCCAUCGUCGCCAGUUACGGAGCAUGGUCUGCUAAACAAUGCUAGUUGUGGAGAGUUGAUGACACGAAGCAAUCGAAUUGUCGGAGGACAUUCAACGGUCUUCGCCUCGCACCCUUGGCAGGUGGCGCUAAUUAAAACGGGAUUCCUGUCGAAGAAGCUGGCUUGUGGUGGUGCAUUACUCAACGAAAGGUGGAUUGUGACUGCGGCUCAUUGUGUCGCAACGACCGCCAAUGGAAAUCUGAAAGUUAGAUUGGGAGAAUGGGAUGUGCGGGAUCAAGACGAAAGAUUUGCUCACGAAGAAUAUACGGUGGAGAGGAAAGAAGUACAUCCAUCGUAUUCGCCGUCUGAUUUCAGGAAUGAUGUUGCCCUUGUGAAAUUGGACAGAAAUGUUAGAUUUAAGCAGCAUAUUAUUCCAGUUUGUCUUCCUUCGUCGAAUGUCAAAUUAUUAGGGAAGAAAGCAACGGUAGCUGGAUGGGGUCGCACGCGGCACGGGCAAGCCACCGUUCCCUCCGUUCUGCAGGAGGUAGACGUUGAGGUGAUCUCAAACGAUAGAUGCCAAAGAUGGUUUCGAGCGGCGGGUCGACGUGAAACAAUCCACGAUGUUUUCCUAUGUGCCGGAUACAAAGAGGGCGGAAGAGAUUCCUGCCAAGGAGAUUCCGGAGGUCCCCUAACAACAACCAUCGAAGGAAGAAAAACGCUGAUCGGUUUAGUUUCGUGGGGUAUCGGCUGCGGUAGAGAGCACCUGCCUGGUGUUUAUACAAAUAUACAAAAGUUUGUGCAUUGGAUAGAUGCUGUGAUGGGAUAAUAUGUGUGCCAGAUAGUGUAAAACGAAAGACAGUUUACUUAGUUAAAUUAUUGUACAUUAAGGAGAUGACGCGGGAGGACUGUUAAAAGCUUUAAUUACCUACAUCCUUGUUAUAAUACCUGCAGUAUUUGUUUUGUACUCAAACCGAGCUUUUUAAAUUAACUUAUUUUUUCAAUGUUAAUCUUGUUUUUAUUUUUUCUGUCAAAAAUACUAAAUUAGUUCGAUCAAGUUUGAUAAUUUGUAAAUAAAUACAAAGAAACCUUA